AUGACCUGCAAAGGGUUUUAUGUGGAGUACCUCAACGAUGCCCCUGGCCUUGCCGGCAACGACACGUCCAUCCUCCCCGCAGACCCCUACAGCCGCGCAGCCGCUCGCGUUUGGGCCGCCUAUGUGAAUGACAAGUUGUUCCCUUCGUGCACCGGCAUCCUCAAGACAGCGAAGCAGGAGGAGAGAGCCAGUAAGGUGGAGGAGACCCUGUCCGGGCUCCGACACUUGGAAGCUGCCUUGGCAGAGUGCUCUAAAGGGGAGGUGGAGGCGCCGUUCUUCAGUGGUUGCUCCAUCGGGUUCCUUGACAUCGCGCUCGGGUGCUAUCUUCCUUGGUUUGAGGCAGUAGGCCGCCUGGCCGGCUUGGAGCCGCUUAUCGACCCGGCGAGGGCGCCGAAACUAGCAGCAUGGGCGGAGCGGUUCAGGGUCGCCGAGCCGGUCAAGGCGCUGCUGCCUAGGGUGGACGAGCUGGAGGAGUACAUCGCUACGGUGCUUUAUCCAAAGUGGAACGUCGCGGUCACCGGUAACUAAUUAAAGAUCGUGUCGUUCCAUUACCGGCAGAGGAUCGUGUCAAUCCAAUAAUUCCUCCGCCUUGUGAGUUGUUGUUUUCACGCCAAGAGUUGAACUGUUGCUACUAGGUCCUUAGUGUCUCCUCGUCGUGGAUGGUGCGCAUGCGUGCACUCUCUUCGAUCUGAGUUGUUGACAUGUUGUUUCGUGAAUAAACUGAAGUUUCGUCCA